AUGGCUCCUGACCCCAAGACUGCGCCGAGCGUGCAAACACUCGAUCCCCACAGGACAUUCGAUUCUCGCCCGAUCUUCUCGCACGUCGCUUCCUCCAGCGGACCAUGCCGCAUCGUCGCGACGGCCGGGCAGGUCGGCGCCGACCACAACCGGGUCGUGCCCAAGGACAUCGACGAGCAGAUCGCACUGGCCAUGAAAAACCUAGGCCGCUGCCUCGAGGCCGCCGGCGCCAAAGUCACGGACGUGUUCAAGCUGGUCUACUACAUUGUCGACUACGACCCCGCGAACCGUCGUCAUGCGAAGCACCUGAAGGCAUUCUUGAACGGGCAUCGGCCUGCGACGACGCUGGUGCCCGUCCCCGCCCUGGCGGAUCCCGACUUUAAAUUCGAGAUUGAGGCCUAUGCUGCUGUCAGGCAGGAGCCUCUCAGGACCGUGGAAGUGGUCGUCGUGGGCGCUGGUUUGAGCGGUCUGCAGGCAGCCUAUGACCUGCAAAAGGCCGGGGUGUCGUGCGUGGUUGUCGAGGCUCGAGAUCGCGUCGGUGGAAAGACCUGGUCCGUCGAUCCGUUGGGCCAGGAGAAAUUCAUUGACGUCGGUGCCGCUUGGAUCAACGACACGAAUCAAGCCAAGGCGUACGCUCUGGCAAAGUCGCUUGGUCUGGAGCUCGUGGUCCAAAACACUGUCGGCGAUAUCAUUCAGGAGGAUCUCAGCGGCGGUACAGGACUGUUUCCCUACGGCGGAACUCCAACCAACGCGCCCGAGCCGAAGGGGAUUGAGAGCAUGGUGUACAUCCGCGAAUUUUUUGAGAAGCUGUGUCAGCAGGUGGAUAUUCGGGACCCGGUUGGUUCAAGCGGACGGUUUGACAACGUCACCUUGGAAGAAUGGUGUCAGUCGGAGACCAAAUCCGAGACCGCGCUUGCGACUGUGACGCUGUGGACGAGGGCAAUGCUGGGGCUGGAACCGUCUGAGCUAAGUGCGCUCUAUUUCUUGGACUACUGCAAGAGUGGCGGUGGUUUGCUCCAGAUGAGAUCCGAUUUCAAACAUGGCGGGCAGUAUCUUCGGUUCAUGAGAGGAACCCAGUCAUUGUCACUCGGUCUGUCAAGUUUGAUGGAGCCAGAUUCAAUCGUCCUGAACUCACCUGUUCGGCGCAUAUCACAAAAUCCAAAUGGAAUCUACGUCUCGGCGGGCCGGGGAGACUUCAGGUGCCAACGAGUCAUCGUCUCUGUGCCAACGGUUCUGUAUAAAGAGAUCGCCUUCGACCCUCCCUUACCUGCUGCCAAGGUCGAGCUCGGAAACAACAACGUGCAUGGAUAUACGCUGAAGGUCUUGGUCAUGUACUCGGAGCCUUGGUGGCGCAAGAAAGGCUUGUCCGGAGCCAUCAUGUCCUUCAUCGGUCCUAUCACCACUUGCCGCGACUCCAGCAACGACGAGAAAGGGCAAUUCUCCCUGACGUGCUUUACCAAUGGUGAUUUCGGUCGGAAGGGUUCUCUCCUUUCGCAACAGGAGAGGUUCAGCGCGAUCUUGGCCCACAUCAAGCGUGUCUUCGGACCCUAUGUCGACGUCCCAGAGCCAGUCGCGGUCACAGAACACGAGUGGGCAAGUGAUCAGUGGGCGCAAGGCUGUCCAUGUCCGGCUGCGCCACCGGGAAUCAUGACAAAGUACAGCCAUGCUCUGAGGACGACGCAUGGGAAAGUCCAUUUCGUGGGGACCGAGACUGCCUAUGAAUGGAAAGGGUAUAUGGACGGUGCGUUGCGAUCUGGCGAACGAGGAGCAAAAGAGGUGAUUGAGGCUCUAGGAAGGGCCAAGCUGUGA